AGAAGAUGGUGGCCUCGCGUUGAGGACUUGUUGAGGGAUGAAAAUUGGUUUGCCUAGAAGCAGAUAUUAAAAGCAGUUCCUCUUCAUAUCAGCUGAUAAGCCUCGUGAUACACCAUGGCAGCAGCAGGAGCCGUAAAAUGGGUGAUACCAAAGAGAACUAUCUUGAAACAUUUAUUUCCAAUCCAAAAUGGAGCUUUAUAUUGUGUUUGUCAUAAAUCUACGUAUUCUUCUCUUCCAGAUGACUAUAAUUGUAAAGUAGAGCUUGCUUUGACAUCCGAUGGCAGGACGAUAGUAUGCUACCACCCUUCUGUGGACAUUCCAUAUGAACACACAAAACCUAUCCCUCGACCAGAUCCUGUGCAUAAUAAUGAAGAAACACAUGAUCAAGUGCUGAAAACCAGAUUAGAAGAAAAAGGUGAACAACUUAAGCAAGGACCCAUGAUAGAACAACUUAGCAAAAUGUUCUUUACUACUAAGCACCGUUGGUAUCCUCGUGGACAGUAUCACAGACGUCGUAUGAAACUGAAUCCUCCAAAAGACAGAUGACAUUGAGGUUCUUGGGGAAAUCAAAGAGACCUAUGCCUCAUUUGCCAUUUGUCACCUGAGAAAAUGCAAUGUGGUGUAUUCACUAGUAUGCUAUAUAGUAAAAUAAUAAUAGUAAAAUGUCUUAUAUAUUAGAAUGUGUAUUUCUUUAUAUAUUCUGUAAUUCUGGAUUUGACAUUCUUAUUUAGAAAAACCUAUUGCAUCUUAAUUUCCUUUUGAGAUCUUAAAAUCUUCAAUUUCUUUUUAUGUAUCUAAUGUGAUUAAGU